AUGUCCCCAUAUUCUAUAUUCAUACUAAUCGUUUUCACCGGGUUUUGCUGCGCGGGUAAUUAUGAAGUAUACAAAGGGUACAAAUACUUAAAUGUCGAUAUCUCAACGCAACGAAGUCGGCGGUAUAUUCAAGACAUUGAGAAGAACCUCGGAUUCAUGCCGGAUUUUCUCGGCGAGAGUCGCAAGAAGCGACAAGCCAACUUUUUCGUCGACGGCGAGUCGGCGAACAAAAUUCGUUCGAAUUUCGAUCAGAACAACAUCACAUAUCAUUUGAAAGACGUCGACCUGAAUACGUUCAAAACUCGACGGCGGCGAGAAUUGAAUCAGAUUGUUACUAUCAAUGACGUCAAUUCGAGAUAUUUGAGUUAUGAAGAGCAAAUGCAAUUCAUUAACACACUUUCCCAAUCGUUUCCGCGACUCAUGAAACUUCAGAAUCUAGGGAAUUCUUUUGAAGGAAGACCUAUCACUUCCGUCAGGCUUGGUGAGGACAAUCCCUCAAAGCCGAUCGUCUGGAUCGAUGCUGGAAUGCAUGCUAGGGAGUGGAUCUCCUACAACGUCGCGUUACACUUCAUCUAUACGAUGCUCACCGAUCCAAUCAAUCGUCAGCUGUUGAGGCGAGUGACCGUCGUCGUCGUUCCGAAUGCCAAUCCAGAUGGCUAUGAGUUCAGUAGAACUGUUCAGAGAAUGUGGAGAAAGACGAGAUCGAGGAACACGAAUAGCCGAUGCUCGGGUGCCGACGGCAAUCGAAACUAUCCGUUCUACUGGGGAACCCUUGGCGUCAGCCAUAGCACUUGCAGCGAGAUCUAUUGCGGAACGCGACCGCAAAGCGAGCCAGAGGUUCUCGCGUUGACGAACGCGAUUCAAAGCGAGGAGACACGAAUCAAGGCCUACCUUUCGCUUCACUCUUACGGUCAGGAGAUUCUGUAUCCUUGGGGACACACAUUGCACACAUAUCCAAGCGAUGUGAACGAUCUGAUUCGUGUCGGACAACUCAUGGCAAACGCUAUUCGAAGUGUCAGCAACACUCAAUAUACGGUGAAGAACAGUGGAGACGGGCUUUACCCGGCUGCUGGUGCUUCUGAUGACUGGGCCAAAUCCAGAGGGAUCAAGUACGCUUACACAAUGGAAUUGUCGCCGGAGGAUGACUUUGUCGGCUUCGAACUUCCCGAAGAGCUCAUCAGCAAGGUGAAUCGAGAAGCGCUUCAAGGGGUGUUGGCGUUGGUCCGCGUCGUCUCGCAAGACUACGGCGUUGCUCAGCCAGUGGCCGCCAUCAAACACGUUCGAGCAUUCGCGACGAGAGCCCGAGCGUUUGGAAAAGGAUAA